ACAGCCAGAGGAGGCAGGGCCAAAAGCUGAGCUACACCUUUAAAGCCAGUUAAACUCCGAGCCUCUUGAAAUCUGUGCAAUCCAUUCCACCAUGUUUGUUUCUUUCAUCCUUCUGUGGAUCUGCGUUGUUGUCCUCAUUCUGCGUCUGAAGCGUCAGAGACCCAGGAACUUUCCACCAGGACCGCUUCCACUGCCAGUGCUGGGGAACUUGUUGAACCUCAGCCUAGACAACCCCAUGACAGACUUUGAGAGGCUGAGGAAACGCUACGGAAACGUCUACAGCCUGUUCAUUGGUCCCAAACCAGCUGUAGUCAUUAAUGGGGUGCAGGCCAUGAAGGAGGCUAUGAUGACUAAGGCUGCGGAUUUUGCUGGACGACCCCAAGACAUUUUUGUCAGUGACCUCACCCAGAACGGAAUGGUUCUAGCAGACUACGGCCCUAGUUGGAAGGAGCAUCGCCGCUUCGCUCUGAUGACCCUGAGGAAUUUUGGUCUGGGGAAGCAGUCCAUGGAGCAGAGGAUUCUGGGAGAGUUACGGUUCACAGUGGAAUCACUGGAGAAGAGCAUUGGUACAAACUUGAGUCCUCGAGUGAUGUUUCACAACGCAGCCUCCAACAUCAUCUGCCAGCUUCUGUUCGGCAUGCGUUACGACUACGAUGAUGACUUCAUCAAAGUGGUUGUUCAGUGCUUUAAAGAAAACUCCAAGAUAGCUAAUGGGCCCUGGGCUAUGCUGUACGACUUCGUUCCCGUGAUUCGUAACCUACCGCUGCCAUUCAUGAAGGCCUUCAGGAACAUUGAGACGUGCAAGAAACUUGCAACUCGUCGGAUUACUGAGCACAAAGAGACCAGAGUCCCUGGGCAACCACGAGACUUUCUUGACUGCUAUCUGGAUGAACUGGAUAAGAGAGGCAACGAGGGCUCUUCUUUUUGUGAGGAUCGACUCGUCAUGCUUGUUCUGGAUCUUCACUUUGCUGGGACCGACACUACAUCCAACACCCUGCUCACUGGCUUCCUCUACCUCAUGACCUACCCUCACAUACAGGAGAGGUGUCAGCAGGAGAUAGACCAGACGUUGGAAAAUAAGGAUCACGUCACUUAUGACGACAGACACAACAUGCCUUACAUGCAGGCUGUGAUCCAUGAAGUCCAGAGGAUAGCCAACACCGUCCCUCUUAGUGUCUUCCACUGCACAACAAAAAGCACAGAACUCAUGGGGUUUUCCCUGCCCAAGGGUACAUUGAUCAUCCAAAAUCUGAACUCAGUGCUGAAUGAGGAGCGACAGUGGAAAUUCCCUCAUGAAUUCAACCCCGAAAACUUCCUGAAUGACCGGGGAGAGUUUGUUAAACCUGAAGCCUUCAUGCCUUUCUCUGCAGGUCCUCGUAUGUGUCUCGGGGAGGGUCUGGCUCGUAUGGAGCUCUUCCUCAUCAUGGUGACUCUGCUGAGGAGAUUCAAGUUCAUCUGGCCCGAGGAUGCAGGACAGCCGGACUACUCGCCAGUUUAUGGGGUCACUUUGUCUCCCAAACCUUACUGCAUGAAGGUUCAACUCAGGGUCCCACGAUAGACUGUCUGCAGAAGCAAUAAAGGUUAAUCCAAAUGGACACAAGUGGACAGUACGUCCCAGUAACACAUCUAAUGCAAUGGAGACAACAGAGGACUUAUUUUUUCUACCCUUUACUUGUUAAUAUACUGUAUAAUCCACUCUGCAAUUCUGUGUGUGUGUGUGUGUGUGUUUGCAGAGUGUGAAAUUAUGAAUAACUGAUUUGGAAUUUUGCAACCUUCUCUAAAACACCAUUUUAGAGAGACAAAACUUCACGUUGACCGCACAUUGUACAGGUGAGUGAGGAUCCAAUAUUGUUUUAACAUAGUGUGUAUGGAUUACAAGCAGACUAAGAAUAUUCGAUAAGCGUAAAAAUCUCUGAAAAAUGAAGAAGUGGCACUUCA